AAGCCUAAUCGCAAUUCACUAAAUCACUACACUUGCUUGCACCACCGCGAUAAGGUUUUGAUUCCAUUAUCAGUUCCCAAUAUUUCCAACAAAACAAGAUGAAGUACCUGUUCGUAGUUGCCCUUGUUGCCCUGGCCAUCCAGGUGGCUUCCUCUGCUACAACUACAACCACUGAUGCCACCACAACAACCUCUGCGGCAACAACAACCACUGCAGCUUCAACCACGACGACAACCGCCUCUUCCACCCACAAAAAGCGUUGUUGGAGGGGCAACAACUGGUGCCACACUCGCAUCCCCAAGAGGAAGUGCAAGCACCCAAGGAGGUGCCACAAGACCGUCGUCAUUGUGACCCACAGAAAGAACUAAAAUCCAUUUGACUAU